CAAUUUAUCAAACAGUUCCGUUCCGUACACGUUUUUGACUGGUUUGCAUAUCGGCGCGAAAAGCUGGGAUUGUUAUCGGAUGCGUUCGGUUUCAACGUUUGUCAUCAGCAUCGACAUUGGCGUUUUUGGAUUGAGUUACGUUGACCUGCGAUCAAGAAGUGAUUGAUCGCGGUCAUUACAGAGGAAAGCUUUAAUCAUCAUGAAGAUCAUAAUCGCAUUGGCAUAUCCGGUGUUUGUGUUGUUUAGCAUUCCGGAAGUGAACGGGAAAGAUGAGGAUUUCAACAUUGAUGUGAAGCAGAAGAAUGCCGAAGUGUAUCACGAACAAAGUUCCAAGAACAACGAAUUCAACUAUGGGUAUCAGGUGGAGAAAGAAAAUAGCCAAUUUCAGCACAAGGUGAAAGGCCCGGAUGAUGUCACUUACGGCUGCUAUGGCUAUAUAGAUCCCAAUAACGAGAAACAUUUGGUGUAUUAUGUAGCUGAUCGGUUAGGAUACCGAUUAGUUCCACCCAAUCAGCCAACGAAGAUUUUUACCGAAAGAGUUGCCAGCAGCAUAAAUAAAUUGAAUAAAGACUUGAAGGACAAGAAGCUGGAUGAAAAAGUGGUAGCAUGGAAUGAUCUUUAUCUCCCCGAUUCUUGUCGGCGACUUGAUGAGAUUCUGACAAUUACAACGGCCGCUCCUCAAGCCGGUCAUGGCAAUGGAAAUGCGGGAAAAGAUAUCAAAAUUUAUGUAAAUACAAACUCAAAAACUACCACGAGAGCACCACUUGUGAUCACCACACCAGUAAGCAGCAAUUUUAAGAGUACAAGGGCAUCAUUACACGUAGAUACUACAACGGAGUUCCCUUAUAAGAAACCAUCUACGACUAGGAAACCUUUUGUUUCAAAUGAGAAUUCCAAAACCGAUGAGUCUUUAUCAGAUCAGUUGGAUAAAUUAUAUAAUGCGGCUUUCCCAAACAACACUUCAUCGCCAUAUGCAGGAGACACGUUUGACCCAGUCUAUGUUGCGCCUAUUAGCCAGCCAACUAUUAGUACUAUUGCUCCAGAAACAACGGGCUACACAUACCCCGUUCCAAAAAAUCCCCUUCAAGAUUGUCAGCUACAAAGCAAUCCGCUAAUUGGUCAAUACAAUGGAUACGUGUAUCCAUUGAACAGCGAAUGCAGUUCUACCGAAUACAACGUGCGCCAGCUGAUGAUUCAGAUGGAGUCACUAAACCAACAAGUUUUGGAAUUAACCGCCAACCUACGUGCCCUGCAGCAAGACAACUCAAGCUCUCCGGACUGCCAUCAGUGGCUCUCUCGUCAGCAAUUUCCACUGUUGAUAUACGUUCCAAUCUUGCUACCCUAUCUUGGGAAUGGAUUUGAUAGUGCAAGCCACCAGCAAAGCUUAAAAAAUCCCGCGAGCUAUUCUUUCCAAAAGAUGUGUGAAGAAUGUAUCAGCAAAUAACAAAUUACUUGACAUAGACCUCGGGUCGGAACUGAUCCGAUGACAAUAAACAACAAUUCAAGUGGCUGUUGAGCAGUUUCGUGUGUGUACCUAUGCUUAUUGAUGAUGAAUUUCUCGAUUUGGUGUUAAUGACCUUGUCUGCAGGGGGUUACGAUCGAUUAUGAGAAAACAUCAGACAGAGAGAUGAUCGUUGACCGUGGUUAUUUGGCAUGCUAUGGAUAGAUAGAAGUGUUAAUUUGAUAUUUGGCGAUGUAGAUUAAGUUCUGAGUACACGACGAUGAUCGUGAACUGUUGUGUUUUGAAAUGCCAAAAGGAAGCGGAAGUUGUUGUAUAUAAUAAAUGUUUUGAAUCUAAUUACUACAGAGGCAUACAAAAAAUAAACAAUGAAGAAGAUGUACCGAUCACUCUUAGUACAAACACUCUUGGAUACUGAGAUAGUCCCGUGAAAUCUUGUCAACAAUAAAACAAAUAGCAGUACUAUUGUA